GCGCAGCCACAGCCAGCCCCCGCAGAAGAGCAGUGAGGCCAGCUGGGAGCAGAGCACGUACGGGUUCCAUAGCGCACGCAUCCGAUCGAUCCAUAUCCAUCACUCGCAUCGCAUCUGAUCAUCAUCAUCACGAGAGCACCAUGGGCGGAGGGCACGACAUGCACGGCCACAACGGCGGCGUGAAGGGCUACGUGUCCAACCUCGUCCACGGCGGCGGUGGCGGCGGCCAUGGCCACGGCUAUGGCGGCGGCCAUGGCGGCUACGGCGGCCAUGGGCAUGGAUACGGCGGCCAUGGGCAGGGCUACGGCCACGCGUACCCUCCUCCGGCCGCCGCCGGCGCGUACCCUCCUCCGCACGGCGGCUACCCGCCCGCCGCCGCCUACCCCGCGCACUCGGCGCACUACGGGAACAUGGGAUCGUACCACAGCAGCCACAGCCAUGGCGGCGGCCACCACGGCGGCUACGGCGGCAAGCACAAGGGCGGCAUGUUCGGCGGCGGCAAGUUCAGGAAGUGGAAGUGAAGCUGAAAGCCAUCGAUCGAAACAACACGACACCUACCUCUACGGCUCUACGUACGUAUCUGCCAGCCGGCAGCCGCGUACGUACGUACGUACGUAUCCUGCCAGCCGUAGCUAAGCAUGCACUGCACACAGUUCCUAUAAAUAAAUUAAAUAAAGUAGUGCAAGCAGGCAGGACGCGUCCUACGUGUACGUACGUUCAAUACGAGUGCCAGUAGUCGUUAUUUGUAUACGGAAUAAAGUGAGACGUGUGUUUCUGGUCAUGUUCAUGUAACGUGCUCGGCGUAUGUACCACCAUGCAUGCAGUGUUGUAUACCAGUCGUAUAUACAGUACAAGCCGAGUAUAAUACAGUACUGCUAUGUGCAUCAUUACCUUGAAA